CAGCGCACUUGCAGCGGUGCGUGAAUCGACUCUGCCGCGAGGAGAGCCUUUCAACACAGAACUUUCUUUGGACGAACCGCUCACCGGAUUCUCAAAUGAAUAGGUUUGAAGCCAUUAACAGAGGCUUACCGUGAAGACGCCGAGGAUACAUUACCUGCGUUUUCCUCAAAGCUUUGCAAAAUGAAGCUUUGGAGUUUUGUGUUACCAGUUGUCUUGUAUACAGUGACUGCUCAAGGGGGAUCAAAGCUGCAGGAGCCGUGUGCAGGCCGGGACUGCAGUGGACCGUGCCCGUGUUUGCCCUUAAAGGGUAGCAGGGGGCAACCAGGGGAACUUGGACAGGCGGGCAGCAGUGGUCCUGAGGGUUUCAUUGGGGCCCCAGGGCCAGUUGGGCCCAAAGGAGAAAAGGGCCAUGUAGGACGCAAUGGGCCCUCUGGACCAAAUGGAGAUAAGGGCCCGAUGGGUGUUCCUGGGUUUUCUGGUAAUGAUGGUGUUCCAGGACACCCUGGUCAGGAGGGGCCCAGGGGACCUCCAGGCUUGGACGGCUGUAAUGGUACACGAGGUGACCCAGGCGACAGAGCUCGUGAUGGAUUUCCUGGGCUUUCUGGUGCUCCUGGACUUCCUGGUCAAAAAGGUCAAAAAGGAGAACCAUUUUAUAUAGAUCUUUCUGAACAAAAUUUUUUUGUCGAAGGCCCUCCAGGUCCAGUGGGAUUUACAGGUCCAAUGGGGCCUAGAGGUCCAGAUGGAUUUACUGGUCUGCCGGGUCCACCUGGUCCUCCUGGACCUCCAGGAAGUCCAGGUCAGGGAUACAAAGGAGAGCCAGGAGAAAAGGGGGAUGUUGGUCCAUCAGGACUCAGGGGCAGUCCGGCCGUUCAGUUUAACGCACCAGCAAUAAGCACUAUCAACAAAGGAGAGAAGGGAGAUGUGGGCCCGCCCGGUGACCCAGGCCGCCCACUGGUCAAUGGAGUGGUGGAGCUUGUUGGCUUUCCGAAAGGAGACAAAGGAACUAAGGGUGAUAAAGGCUAUGACGGUGCUCCAGGUUUUCAAGGGAGACCAGGACCACCAGGCCCAUUUGGGUACAGAGGUGAGACUGGAGAAAAGGGAAUCCUGGGCUUGCCAGGCUCAAGGGGUCCACCUGGUCUGAACGGUCCUCCUGGGCUUCCUGGGAUUAAGGGCUUCCCUGGGACUCCUGGUUUUCCAGGACAACCAGGUUUUACCGGCACAAAGGGUGAAAGAGGAGACGCGGGUCCACCUGGACCGAUUGUGGAUCCAGUAGGUGGAAUUAAAGGUCCUCCAGGUGAUCCUGGCUUUCCUGGUUAUCCGGGGAUAACUGGAGAUACAGGUUUUCCAGGGCUUCCUGGUCUGCCUGGUCCUCCGGGACAACCUGCUUUUCUCACAGGUCGUCCAGGCACCUCUGGGUUCCCCGGUGGCCGUGGACCCAAAGGACAGAGGGGAAACUCAGGUCGGGAUUCUUAUGGUCCUGAAGGUCUUCCUGGAAGUCAGGGCUUUCCUGGGCCUCCAGGUCUCCCUGGACCACCGGGCAGAACAUCAAACUUGUUCUCCGCUGGAAUACCUGGUUUUCCAGGUCAGCCUGGUCCAAGAGGACCUCCUGGAGACAGAGGCUUUAAAGGGUUUAAAGGAGAAAAUGGUGACUGCAACUGUUUGGGUGGAGGAACAAUUGGUGCACAGGGACCUCAAGGGCCUCCAGGGCCCACGGGUUUUGUAGGACUGAAUGGAGUGAAGGGAGAAAUUGGUGAACUAGGCUUCCCAGGACCCCGUGGUCCACAGGGCCUUGAUGGUCGUGCAGGUGACAGAGGUUUUAAAGGGCGUAAAGGAGAGAAAGGUUAUUCUUUCUUCCCAGAAGGCAGAGGACAAAAAGGUGAUAUGGGUCAACAGGGUCUUCCUGGACCACUUGGAACAAGCGGCAACCCCGGAAAGGUUGGAUCUCCUGGCUUCCCUGGAGAACCAGGUCUACCUGGGGAGCCUGGUUUUGGUGUGUCUGGAGAUAAAGGGUUUCCUGGUAUUCCAGGGUUCAAAGGUCGUCCCGGUGACAGGGGAGAACCUGGUAUUGGCUAUCCUGGUGUAGCUGGGUUCAAAGGGUCACAAGGUGAUCCAGGAUUCAAUGGUCUUCCUGGAACACCUGGACCUAAAGGAUCUCCAGGUGACAGCUGUGGGCAGGCGGGGCUUAAUGAUGCCUCUUUGGAAGAGGGAGGAACACCACUGCCCUGUAGGAUUCCUGGUGAACUUGGAGAUCCAGGAUACUUUGGAAAUCCUGGGGUGCCAGGGUCAAAGGGUCAACCUGGUUCCCCAGGAGCAAGUGGGCGCCCAGAGUUUGAUGGGCCAAAGGGUGAGAGAGGAGAACCAGGCUCUGGAGGUCAGCCAGGACCCCAGGGGUUCCCCGGACCCAGAGGAGAUCCAGGUUUACCAGGAAUAACAAAUGCUGGCUUACCAGGGUCUCCAGGAAGAGAUGGUUUUCCAGGUUUGCCAGGAGCUAAGGGAGAGCCCGGUGUGGUGCUUGGGGCCACUCCAGGAGGUCCAGGUUCUCCAGGAAGACCAGGAGAGCCAGGAGACAAGGGUCAACCUGGUGUACCUGGUUUAGUGGGGAGGCCUGGUAAUGAUGGACGCAAUGGCUUUCCUGGCAUAAAGGGAGAACGAGGUGCGGAUGGAAUUCCUGGUCUUGUAGGUCCCAUAGGUCCACCAGGAGAAAUCCCUCCCGGGGGUGUUCCUGGUCCCAGAGGGCCAGCUGGAGCUAAUGGAUUUGAUGGACCUCCAGGUUUUCCAGGGCUGAAAGGUGUGAGAGGAGAUCCAGGGACUCCAGGGCCUGGUGGAAUAAAGGGUACACCAGGACUUCCUGGCUUCCCAGGGUCACAGGGAUUUAGGGGACCUCCUGGACCCCCUGGCAUUGGAACACGUCCAGGCAUACCUGGAAGACCAGGAAUAAAGGGGGAGAAGGGGUCUCUUGGAUUGUUGGGGUUCCCAGGUUUACCUGGUUCUCCCGGAGUCCCAGGUGGCCCAGGUGUUAAAGGUUUACCUGGUUUUACUGGGCAGGAUGGCUUACCUGGAGGAACUGGAUCAAGAGGAACCAAAGGGGAACGUGGUGCUCCUGGUCUUCCAGGACCCUCUCCAGUGCUUCCAGUAGAGCAGCUGGAAAAGGGUCAAAAAGGUGACCCAGGAGGUGGUGGACUGCCUGGUUUCCCAGGACCAAGAGGUGAUAAGGGUUUUCCAGGGUCACCUGGACGUCAAGGCUUUCCUGGAUUACCUGGUGUUGCAGACCAAGCAAAAGGUCUUCCUGGACAGGCUGGACUCCCAGGUAUUCCUGGCUCCUUUGGCUUCCCUGGUCCCAAAGGUUCACCUGGAGUUAUGGGCUUCCCUGGCUUACCAGGCCUGAGUGGUGAUGAUGGUGUACCUGGAGUUCAGGGGUUCCCAGGCACUCCAGGGCAAUCUGGUGGCAAAGGUGAGAAAGGUGAUUCAUAUGAAUUAUCUGGACCCCCUGGACCAAAGGGUGUGAUUGGAAAUCCUGGAUUCCCAGGUGGCCCAGGACUUCCUGGUGAACCAGGUGAUUCUGGUUUCCCAGGAAUAUUGGGAUAUCAAGGUCAGAAAGGUUUUCCUGGAGAGCCGGGAGCACCUGGAUUUGGUGGCUCACCAGGCCUCCCAGGCUUUAGGGGUCUCCCUGGUUAUCCAGGACAGAAGGGGCGUGAUGGAGAUUCAGGCCGUCCUGGAGCUCCAGGUUCACCAGGAGAGAAAGGUUUUCCAGGAUCACCUGGUUUAGAUGGACUCAAUGGUCUUCCAGGAUCCAAGGGGUUGUCUGGAGUUCCAGGUGUGACUGAAGGUGGUCGGACUGGAGCUCCUGGUGUGAAUGGCCUGAAGGGGGAGAGAGGUUCAUCACAGCCCGGAGCACCUGGGCGCCCUGGAGAAAAAGGAUCCAGAGGAGACACUGGUGCCUCUGGUUUGAGAGGCUUCCCUGGUAAUCCAGGCCCCCCUGGCCCACCUAGUCCUUCUAAUAUCCCAGGUCCUCCCGGAGACCCUGGACUUCCGGGAUUAGAUGGACGAGAAGGUCCCUUUGGCCCUCCUGGCCUACCUGGUCCACCGGGCCCUGGAACAGUCCAAGGAGACAGGGGAGAUGCCGGAUUUCCUGGGCGACCAGGAAUACCAGGACAACGUGGAGACCCCGGUGCUUUUGGAGCGCCUGGAUUUCAAGGCAAUGCUGGUUUUAAAGGACAAAGAGGUGACCCUGGCUUUAGUGGUGUACGUGGACCACCAGGGUUCCCAGGAGAACAAGGAGAUUAUGGCAGGAAUGGACCCAGAGGAUUAAAGGGUUCUGACGGUCCUAAGGGACGUCCAGGUACUGUGGUUGCACGUAACAUAACCGACAAUAUGCCAUUGGGGGAACGGGGCCCACCAGGUCUUGAUGGGUUUCUUGGUCAGGCAGGAAUUCCAGGCCUACCAGGCAGUCCAGGAUUCCCAGGUCCCAAAGGACUCAGAGGGCCAGUGGGUAGACUUGGUCCUGUUGGUGCAGCUGGAUCUCCUGGAGCUUUUGGUGACCCCGGACCUCAAGGAAUCCAAGGACCCACAGGAACCCAAGGAACCCAUGGCCCAACAGGAAUGCAAGGUCUUCCUGGUCCACCGGCGCGCAGUACUGGUAUCGGUUAUACUUUGGUGAAACACAGUCAGUCCAGCCAGGUGCCCAUGUGUCCCCAAGGCAUGGCCAAGCUGUGGGAGGGCUACAGUUUGCUCUAUGUAGAGGGGCAGGAGAAAGCACACAACCAGGACCUGGGAUUGCCCGGCUCCUGCCUGCCGCAUUUCAGCACCAUCCCCUUCCUGUACUGCACAGUCGAUGAGAUCUGCUACUACGCUAGCCGCAAUGACAAAUCCUAUUGGCUGUCCACCACGGCACCCAUUCCCAUGAUGCCUGUGGCAGAUCAGCAGAUAGCUCAGUACAUUAGCCGCUGCUCAGUGUGUGAAGCUCCAUCUCAAGCGAUCGCUGUACAUAGCCAAGACCUCAGCAUACCAACCUGCCCUCAGGGCUGGAGAAGUCUGUGGAUUGGUUACUCCUUCCUUAUGCACACAGCCGCUGGUGCCGAAGGAGGCGGUCAGUCAUUGGUGUCUCCUGGUUCUUGUCUGGAGGAUUUCCGCGCCACCCCCUUCAUCGAGUGCAACGGAGCCCGCGGCACCUGCCACUACUUCGCCAACAAGUACAGUUUCUGGUUGACCACGGUAGAGCAGAGCGAACAGUUCGUCCAGGGUCGUGCCCAGGAGACGCUGAAGGGAGAUGAGUACCGGUCACGCAUCAGUCGCUGUCAAGUCUGCAUGAAGAUCUUGUAGCUGGUAGAUGCACUGCAGGAGACUUUAACGAAACGAUUGGAAGAAGAGUGGAGGAAGAUAAAGGAAACAAACAUGAACUGACUGAAUCGAUUUCAUGCCCUUGAUGCCCAGCAGAGGUAAUACGAAGGGCUAAGGUGAACCCAUGGUAAAUAUCGGGAUUGGAAUGAAAAGAAGUGGAGAAAGAGAUUUUACUCUUUAUCUGUUUAUCAACAGUGGUGCUAUGUUGAAAAUAAUACGUUGUGUUUUUGUGUUAAAGCUUUUUCUUUAAGUUGGUCAUAUUCACGGCUACCUCAGAGAGUGCAUCCCAGACUCCCAGUGGAUGGCACGGAAUAACACACCUUGAUUUUUCAAAAGAAUCCAUGUAGCGAUGAAAACAUUACUAAAUUUCAUGUAUAUGUUUUGCCUUCAGUAGGCUGUUUUGGUGCUUUCUUCACAUUCAUGUAAACCAUUCAUUAAUCUUGGACAAACCAGCACUUUGCAAUCUACAUGAAUAAGAUUGUCCUCAUGGUUGUCACUUGAAAUGAUUAGUCUAACCCCAUACAUAUUCUAUAUGAAUUGCACUGAACUUAAAAAAUAUAUGUUAAAGUUCUUUCACAUGCAGUUGAUAUAAAUUCAUCCAGUUCACCUAAUGAUUUAUCAUUUUCUUUAUUGAUGAGAACAUUUAAACAUCCAUCAAACAUGAGGAUGGAUAAUACCUUAACAGAUCAUCUUUUGGUCUUUUAAGGUAUAGGUUUUCAGCCUCAGUAAUUCAUUACAUGGCCAAAAAUGUGUAUAAUAUUUUUUUUUAUAUUCAAAAUGUCAUUUCCUUUUUAUAAAAUGUCUAAUUUACUGUGUGCAUUGCAGAUGAUAAAUAGGCUCAUUUUGAGUUAGCCAGUCUCUUAGAGAGACUGGUUGAUCUAUAACGACUAUGACCACUAAGCCUUUCAGUCUCUCAUUGGUAGCCCUGAGUAUACAUUUACUUCUGUUCGUGUUCCAUUUCAUCAUGUGUCUGUAAGUGAUUAGAUUAUGGUUUAUUCGUUUCAUCCCCUUGGUUGAAAGAUGUACAUUCAAUUCAUUGUACAUUUAAUAAUAUGGAAAGAUUUAAUAAUAUUUCCCCGUUUAUGUUGCUUUUGGUUAUUUUCUAAAAUAAAACAAUGUACAUUUGUGAAGAUUGGCUGUCACAAGUGGGCAUUUUUAUUACGUUUUUACUACUGCGAGACAAAAAAAAAAGAGAUGUAUAAUUUCAGAACCCGAUUAAUGUUAAUAACUGAGCAUUAAACAUAAUUUUAAUGAGAGGAUGACAUUUUCCAGUAUUUCAUAUAGUGGUGUAAAUGUUUGAUCUGAAUGCUCACAGUGAGUACAUGUAUGAAACCUCUCAAAUAAAAGUAUUCAAACUUUUAAA